UCCUGAUCUUAUUUUGUUUACUGGAAAGAUAAUGGCGAAAAAAUACGAAGGACAUGCUGUGGGAAUUGACCUUGGUACAACCUACUCGUGCGUUGCAGUGUGGCAAGAGCAACACAACAGAGUGGAGAUUAUUCACAAUGAACAAGGCAACAAAACCACACCUUCUUGUGUUGCUUUCACUGACAAACAAAGGUUGAUUGGUGAAGCAGCUAAGAACCAGGCUGCUACCAACCCACAAAAUACUAUCUUUGAUGCUAAGAGAUUAAUUGGUAGGAAGUUCAGUGAUGAAGUUGUCCAAAAAGAUAUGAAGUUGUGGCCAUUCAAAGUCGUUGCCGAUGAAAAUAACAAACCCUUGGUUGCUGUUGCGUACAAGGGUCGAGAGAAGUGCCUGUGUGCAGAGGAAAUUUCAUCAAUGAUCCUCACAAAGAUGCGAGAGAUUGCAGAGGCAUAUUUGGAAUCAUCAGUUAAUAAUGCAGUCAUCACGGUGCCAGCUUAUUUCAAUGAUUCUCAACGUAAAGCCACUAUAGAUGCUGGUGCCAUUGCUGGCCUUAAUGUUAUGCGGAUAAUGAGUGAACCUACUGCUGCAGCUGUUGCAUAUGGUCUUGACAAGAGAACAAACUGUGCUGGAGAACGGAAUAUUUUUGUGUUUGACCUUGGUGGUGGGACGUUUGAUGUGUCUCUUGUUACGAUUAAGGAUAAGGUCUUUCAAGUUAAGGCAACAGCGGGAAACACACACCUUGGUGGAGAGGACUUUGAUAACAGAAUGUUGAACUACUUUGUAGAACAGUUCAAGAGGAAGAAAAGAGUGGACAUUAGUGGGAACCCAAGAGCCUUGAGGAGAUUGAGAACCCAGUGUGAAAGGGCAAAAAGAACACUCUCUUUUUCUGUUGACACCACUAUUGAGGUAGAUGCUUUAUUUGAGGGCAUUGACUUCUCUUCAUCGAUCACUCGUGCAAAGUUUGAGGAAAUCAAUAUGGAUCUUUUCAAUGAAUGUAUGGAAACUGUUGAGAGUUGCCUUAAUGACUCUAAGAUGGACAAGAGUAGUGUAGAUGAUGUUGUCCUUGUUGGUGGGUCUUCUAGGAUUCCCAAAGUGCAGCAGCUAUUAGAGGACUUUUUUAAUGGAAAGGAUCUGUGCAAGAGCAUCAACCCUGAUGAGGCUGUUGCUUUUGGUGCAGCUGUGCAGGCUGCUUUGUUGAGUGGUGGUGUUAAGAAUUUUCCAAAAUUGGUAUUGGUAGAUGUUACACCAUUAUCUUUAGGUUAUGAGAAAACACAAGAUCGCAUGACUGUAGUGAUUCCAAGGAAUACUCCUAUACCUGUCAAGAAUUCAUCAGGUUGUAAAACAGUUAUCGAUAACCAAUACUCAAGCUUGAUAAAUGUUUAUGAGGGCGAGAGAACUAGAGCUAGUCACAACAAUCUGCUUGGUUAUUUUAGGCUCUGUGGGAUUCCACCUGCACCUCGUGGCCAUCCUAUUUGUGUAAGUUUUUCAAUUGAUGAAAAUGGUGUUUUGACAGUUUCUGCCAAGGAAGUAUCCACUGGUAUUAUGAAUGAAGUUUUAAUAACCAAUUACAGUGAACGGUUAUCUACAGAAGAAAUUAAGAAAUUGAUUAAAGAAGCCGAGAAAUAUCGUGAUGAGGAUAAGAAAUUCUUGCAGAUGGCUGAAGUUAGGAAUAAAUUGGAUGAUUGCAUUUACAAAAUAGAAACUGCUUUAAAGAAACAGAAUGUUAAGUUGAAGAUCUGCACACAAGAGAGCAAGAACAUCGAUGCUGCAAUUAGAAGGGCCAAAACUUUGCUUGAUGAGAAUCACGAGCAAGAAAUAGAUGUUCUUGUGAAUCAUUUGAAAGAGCUCAAUAGUAUGUAUAUAAACAUUGUCCUAUAGCUAAGUAAGAUUGGUUAGUGGUUUUUUCUUUUUCUCCAUAAGAUUUUAAGUGCUGUUUUGUUGUCUUGUGCGCAAUGUAUGCAAUGAAUGCCAAAAAUUAAUAUUCUUAUUC